AAAUCCAGAGCCAUAAUUUGAUCACGUGACAAAAGCAUGUUUCACUAUUGUAUAUUUGUGAUAUUUAGAGUUGAUUAAUAACAUGUAGCUCAGCAUUAAUAGUGCCUAUUUUUCAUUUUAUUUUAACAGUAAUUAUUUUAACGAUAAUAAUAUAACAUAUGUAAGAACAUGGUUGAAUACUUAAAUAUCAAACAGUUCAGUAAAGUUAUUCUGAAUGUGUUCAUAGGAAAAUAUUUUCUUAAAUAUUAAUUUAAUAAUGAUAACAUUUAGGAAGGUACCUUAUGCUAAAAUAACAGCAGGAUUAUCCGCUUUUAUUGGUUGUGGAAUUUUAACUACAGAAAUUUACAUGCAUUAUUAUAUGCAACAGAAAAUUCGGGAAACAGUCACUUAUAAAAAAGCAUUGAGUAUAUUUUAUAACCAUGAGGAUGCCAUUAAAUAUUUAGGAAAACCAAUAAAAGAGGGAAAAAUAACACUUCCUGUGAAUAAAACCAAUAACAUUAAAACAUUUAAUGUCAAUGUAAAAGGAGCUAAUACUAAAGGAAAAUUACAUUUGGAAUAUCAAGUUCAUCCAGAUCAUCAAACUGAGAUAAAAAAGGUAGAAAUUAAAUUUAAUGAUACUCCUGAUAAAACACUUUUAAUUCAUGAAAUUUAGUGGAUAUAAUUAUGAAAUAUAUUGUUUUGUUCUGUUUUUCUCUUAUAUUUUUGUGGUAUUGUUUAAAAAUGUAUAAAAGUUUGUUACUAUAUAAGCUUCAAAGGAGAGUUGACAUGGUAACUUGAUUACCUUUAAUAUAUUAUCAAUAAAGAUGAUUAUAAUUUA